CUCUUUCUCUAUAAUUCACUCUUUAUUUCCUCUCAAAAAACACACUCUUUGUUUUGUACUUUUUACAAUGGUUUUCUUCACCAUGUCUAACAUUAAUGCUGCCAAAUCUCUUCUUCAUAUCAGAAAGCAAUGCUAUGCAGUUGUAGCAAAAAGUUUAAGGUUGCAAGGGACAAAAACCAACAUGGAGGUGGUGAAGACUAAUGUGAAGGAAUCAAUAUCGGUGGCCAAUGAAGAGAGAAAAAUAUUUUGGAUGAGAGAUCCUAAGACUGGAAACUGGAUUCCAGAGAAUCACUUUGGAGAGGUUGAUGAUGAUGCAGACCUGAGAAAUAAGUUUCUGUCCAAAAUAUCACAAAAACAUUGAAAUAAUUAUAUGUAUGUAGUAUGUAUUGUACUAUCUUUUAAAUAAGUUUUAUCAAAAGAAGUUGUAUACAAAUGAAAGUUGAUCCUUUACUUUUGAAUUUCCUUAUGAAUAAAAGGGUCAAAGACCAAUUCACUACUAAAAACUUUCUAAGAAUAGAAAUAGCUACAAAUUGAACUGUGAGAAUUUCACAGCUUUUAAGUUAAAAUUCAAGGAGAAUAGAAUAUAUGAUGUGCAGGGUACAAGUCAGUAACUUUUGGGCCAAGAAAUCACUCCGUACACUUUGGUAGUAUUAUUUUGACCAUACCUAAAUUUCAAAUAGAUGAUUUAUAUUAUACGCAGCACCAAAACAUACUUGGCUCAACCAAUGCCACUCAAACAUGCAUGGAAUUGGGUGAGUAUUUUUUUUUUUUAAAUCAGGUAUUGUCCGCACGCAAACAUGCAUGGAAUGUGGAUUCUGCUACAGUAUAACCCAUAGAGACGGAUAUAACGUCUCGUCAUUCGCGAUAAGGAGCAUUACUCAAUAUGAAAUGGGAGCAGACACACAAUUCACAAAUAUAAAACAACUACUCUAGUGAGAUGUCUACAUGGUAAAACUAUCUGGCAGAAGGGACUCUAAUGGAGAACUGUGUAAUAGGACCAAUGAGUUUUGGAUAUAAAGCUAGCAAUUGAGGGGGUUAAAUCUGAUCCUCAUGAUAAGAACUCAUAAAAGUUGUAAAGCCAAUGGACACAUGCAAAUCACAAGGCAAAGAACUAUCUUCUUGUAUCAUCACAAAAUUAACCUAUAUCCUCAAAGUAUAGAAUAUGGUCAAUAUAGUUAUUCAACAGAAGCAGCACAUCUUCCAUGACGAGGCACAAAAG